UUUACUCUGGCUGUGUCUUCCCAUGUGACUGUGUGAGCUGGCAGCGCAGGCUCAUCUGUGCCCUCAUUUUCUGUUCCAGGAAGAUGACUCUGCUGAUCUUUCAGGUUGGAGAACAUCCCUCCCACACAGUUGUAUUAACCCCUCUACACAGCCCAGUUGCCAGCACUAUUGUGUUCACUAAUGUGCUGUUUGCCAUGGAAGUACUUGAGCAAAAGAAGUGGCUUCUGUGUGAAUGACAGAGGUGGUGCCAUCCAGCGCCCUCAGCGAGGUCAGCCUGCGCCUCCUCUGCCACGAUGACAUAGACACUGUGAAGCAUCUGUGUGGCGACUGGUUCCCCAUCGAGUACCCAGACUCAUGGUAUCGUGACAUCACCUCCAACAAGAAGUUCUUUUCCCUUGCUGCAACCUACAGGGGUACCAUUGUAGGAAUGAUAGUAGCUGAAAUAAAAAGUAGGACCAAGAUACACAAGGAGGAUGGAGAUAUUCUAGCCUCCAACUUCUCUGUUGACACACAAGUUGCAUACAUUCUAAGUCUUGGAGUAGUGAAGGAAUUCAGAAAGCACGGCAUAGGUUCUCUUUUACUUGAGAGUUUAAAGGAUCACAUAUCCACCACUGCCCAGGACCACUUCAAAGCCAUCUACCUGCAUGUCCUCACCACCAACAACACAGCAAUAAACUUCUACGAAAACAGAGACUUCAAGCAGCACCACUAUCUCCCCUAUUACUAUUCCAUCCGUGGGGUCCUCAAAGAUGGCUUCACUUAUGUCCUCUACAUCAAUGGUGGCCACCCUCCCUGGACCAUCUUAUAUCCUUUUCUUCUCAGGGGAUUUACCGCCAGGCCCACAGCCUACUCUGCAGCUUCCUGCCAUGGUCGAGCAUCUCCACCAAGGGCGGCAUUGAAUAUAGCCGGACCAUGUGAUGCCAGCCGGGCAGCCUCCAACAGGUCCCACCCCUUGGCGCCCUCUGGAUCUCACCUUCCUGGCCAUUUGACCUCAACUGUGUUCUGCAGAGGAGCUGGCCCAUCACCUGCCCCAGCUGCAGGCCCGGUGCUACAUGGGCUCGGGAGCAGAGCGUCGUGGGGCGGGUAUGCCCGGUCUCCAACAGGCUCUUCCAGCCCUCCUUCCUGCUCUGGAAACCUCUGCCCUUGCCCUGGGCUGGCCCCCAUGUGAGGGCACCAGCCUCAUAGGCUGGCCACAGCGUUCACUGUGGUCAGUUGCUUCUGCUGCCCUGGGAGUAUGGGGGCAGGAGAGGGCUUCCUUCCCUGCACGUCCUCACUGGCCUCUUCCCCCGCACUGCCCGUUCCUUCCAACUCCUUCCUCCAAAGCCGGAAUUAACUCCUGGGAGGGAGGAACCCAAGUGUUAUGGAUAGACUUGGCCCUAAAGACACAGGAGCCUCAAAACAAUGAAGAGGUGAAAUAAAGGGAAUGCCAAACCCUUGUAAAGAACCAGCCUCAGAAGCCUGGGGGGCAGGAGCAACCCCUACCUCCCCAGGAGGGGCUGGCGAGUGGUGGGAGGCUUUUCACCCAAGCAGAGCUCUGGGGCUUGGCUCCCUGGCAUGGUGGUC